AUGUCUCUCAAAGCCGCAAAAGACGGUGCCAGCAUUGCCAUUGCGGCGAAAACUGUUGUUCCGCAUCCUAAGUUGCCAGGGACCAUAUAUACAGCUGCGGAGGGAAUUGAGCGCGCCGGGGGAAAAGGCGAAUUACGAAUUCGAAUUACUUGUCCUCUACCUCUUGUGUGCGAUAUUCGAGAUGAUGAAGCUAUUAAAGCAGCGAUAAAAAAUACAGUUUGUGCUUUUGGUGGAAUUGACAUAGUGGUCAAUAAUGCUUCGGCUAUUAGUUUAACAGAUACGCAAAAAACCUCACUCAAAACAUAUAAUCUCAUGAAUGAAGUCAAUACUCGAGGAACUUGGCUGGUUACUAAACAUGCGUUAUCCAGUCUUCUUGAGAGUGCACAAAAUAAGCGGAAUCCACAUAUUUUGAAUAUCAGCCCGCCGCUUUCUAUGCAAGAGGAAUCGUUUUCUAAACAUGUUGCAUAUUCGAUAGCAAAAUACGGAAUGUCGAUGUGUGUACUUGGUUGGGCUGGAGAAUUUCGUGGAAAAAUAGCUGUUAAUGAUAAAAACCUGGGAUCAAAAUCCAGGAAAUCGGAAAUAAUGGCUGAUGCUGCGCACGUAAUUCUAACAAAGCCAGUUGAAUUCACUGGGAAUUUCUCAGUUGAUGAAAUAGUAUUACGGAAAAACGGUCAAACUGAAUUUGAUAAUUAUCUCGUGACGCCUGGUAACGAAGACCCGACUCGAGAUCUUUUCUUGGACAAAGAAGUAUUUGAACAAGCGGAACUCUUGAAAAAAGAACAAGAAAAGAGCAAGUAA